GUGGGCGGGGCCCGCCGCCCGCCCUCCGCCCCAGCAUGCACCGCGAGCGCGAUCCCGCCCGCCGCCUGCGCCAAGCGGUGCGGGCGCCCAGGCUGGGCCGGGGUGAGAUGGCCGCCUCCUCCUCCUCCUCCUCCGCCGGCGGGGUCAGCGGCAGCUCGGUGACGGGAUCCGGCUUCAGCGUCUCGGACCUGGCGCCGCCGCGGAAAGCCCUCUUCACCUACCCCAAAGGAGCCGGGGAGAUGCUGGAAGAUGGCUCGGAAAGGUUCCUCUGCGAGUCUGUCUUCAGCUACCAGGUUGCGUCUACGUUAAAGCAAGUGAAGCACGAUCAACAAGUGGCGCGGAUGGAAAAACUGGCCGGGCUGGUGGAGGAGCUGGAGGCGGACGAGUGGAGGUACAAGCCGAUCGAGCAGCUGCUGGGCUUCACCCCCUCCUCGGGCUGAGCGCGGCCGGACGGCUGCUGCCGGGGAGCAGGGGAAAGGCGCUCCCGGGCCCGACUUCACGACGCGCCCCCACUUAUCAGGACGCUUACAGCCGCAUCAGCAGGACCGGGCUUUUUGUUGUUCUUUUCUAAGUUGUCGGGGGAGAUCCCCCUUGGCGCUGCCUGUACGCUGGAGUCACGGCCCUCUGGAAGUCUCCCACGGUGGCACGGGCUGGCAGGGCUCCGUUUUUACAGCUGAAAAAAGGGGAUGAGACUUAAAGAAGCCGGAGCGCAGCCUGACUGCGGACAGAGAGGGGAAGGCGGCGCGGUGGUGGGGGAGGCGGCCCAGUAACAGCCCUGCUGGAAGGGCCGCUGAGGGGCUGGCCGGGAGGCGAGCGUUCCUGCCCCUCGAGCCAGGCCUCUGCAGAGCAGCAGGACGAAGCCCUGCCAGGAACACUCUUCAGCCCCAGCCCUCCCUCUGGGGAACUGGCAGGAUGAGACCCGUCCUGGGCCAGCCGGGAAGGGGCAGGCGGUGAGGCUUGCUGCAGCAGGGCCUCAGGCGUUGCUGAGGCCGUUUUCUCCCCUCUCUGGUGUCUGCGCAGAGCUGCUGGGGCAUCGCUCUGCAGUGCGGAAGCUGUACCCUGAGUACCCCCAAUCCCUUUUCACUACGCGUUAGGUUGCUCCGUGAUAAUAAAAUCAUUCUGUCUUUGGAAUCAUUCCUCUGUUCACAGCCUGGGGGGGGUCCGAUGAAAGAACCCGUCAGCUGUUGAGUGCAGUGUAAUGAAGUUCUGAGGCUCCUCGGCUGUUGUACUGGUAAAAUUGAGCUCCAUUAAAAAUACCCUCCGCGAGACAUCAA